UUCACAGUGCUCCAUAAGUCUCCAGCAUUCCUGCUAAACUUCAACUACAAGUUUUACAACACAAAAUAGAGAGCAAGAAAAGAAAAGAGAGAACUAAAGUUAGUCCAAUGUUGAAAAAAGAGAAUAGUAACAAUUGGGCAAGGGUGUGUGACAGUUGCCAUUCCGCAACAUGUACCGUUUACUGUCGGGCGGAUUCCGCCUAUUUGUGUGCGGGCUGUGAUGCCCGCAUACAUACAAGUCUCAUGGCUUCUCGCCACGAGCGUGUAUGGGUUUGCGAAGCCUGCGAGCGAGCCCCUGCAGCCUUUCUUUGCAAAGCGGAUGCUGCCUCACUUUGUGCCUCUUGCGAUGCUGACAUCCAUUCGGCAAACCCCUUGGCACGUCGUCACCACCGUGUACCAAUUAUGCCCAUUCCAGGAACCAUUUAUGGUCCUCCAGCUGUUCACACCAUUAGCGGUGGUUCUAUGAUGAUUGGUGGGACCACAGGGGAAGGCACCGAGGAUGAUGGAUUCUUAAGUUUGAAUCAAGAUGCAGAUGAUACAACCAUAGAUGAAGAAGAUGAAGAUGAAGCAGCUUCAUGGUUGUUGUUGAAUCCUCCUGUUAAGAAUAACAAUAAGAAUAACAACUAUGGGAUGUUGUUUGGCGGAGAAGUAGUGGAUGAUUACUUGGAUCUUGCAGAGUAUGGAGGGGACAGUCAAUUUAACGACCAGUACAGUGUUAAUCAACAGCAACAACAUUACUCUGUUCCUCAGAAGAGCUAUGUUGAAGAUAGUGUUGUGCCAGUUCAGAACGGACAGCGAAAAUCUCUGAUUCUUUACCAACCGCCACAACAACAACAAAGUCACCACCUGAAUUUUCAGCUUGGAAUGGAGUAUGACAAUUCUAACACUGGAUAUGGUUACCCUGCUUCUUUGAGUCACAGUGUUUCCAUUUCGUCGAUGGAUGUCAGUGUUGUUCCAGAAUCUGCACAAAGUGAAACUUCAAUUUCCCAUCCACGACCUCCAAAAGGGACCAUCGAUCUGUUCUCAGGCCCUCCAAUUCAGAUACCUCCCCAGCUUACUCCAAUGGACAGAGAAGCCAGAGUCCUAAGGUACAGAGAGAAGAAGAAGAACCGUAAAUUUGAGAAAACCAUAAGGUAUGCUUCAAGAAAAGCCUAUGCAGAAACAAGGCCAAGAAUCAAAGGCCGAUUUGCAAAGAGAACGGACGUAGAGGUUGAAGUAGACCAGAUGUUCUCCACACAAUUAAUGACAGACAGCAGUUAUGGAAUUGUCCCUUCAUUCUGAAUGCAACAAAGAGAAGAUCAACCACAAGCCCCUAAACCUAGAAUUAAUAUUGCAUCUCUUAGGUCAUUAUCGAUCUAAGGCUAUAGGAAAUGUACUACAGCAGCUUUCCACAGAGGAUUUGUUAAAUUCUCUGCUUUGUUGUAUAUGUAAAAAGAGUUCUUCCUUGUAGACCGCGCUGCAGUCAAUAUGUACAAUUUUUCUCUGGAAGAAGUAAAGAAACAGCUCCUCCAGUGUGAAGGGAUUGACCCAACAAGACAAAAAGUACUAGUUCUGCGAGAAGCAAAGAAUUGACCGCAGUAACAAGGAGUGUGGUCGGAUGGAUGAGACAUCAACAACCUUAACCAAAGCCUCGGAUUAAUGGAAAAACUUUUAGUAAGAAAUGAUUAUCUCCUUAGUGGACCUACCUAUAACAUAGAUAGAUACUGGAUGCCUAAAGCGAAAAAGAGAAACGAAAAGAAGAAUUGACUGCAUAUAACUUUUCCACAUUAAAAGAACUCAGUGCAGCCACAAGUAAUGGAAAAGCAAAAUUACCGACGACUUCUCGAUGCUCAGUGGCUGUAUAUGACAUUGUGUGCUGGUGCAAUGUAAUUGAAGCUGAGUUCUACUUU